AUGCACUGUUUCUUCUCUAGCGUUAUUUUUAUGACAGGUUCAUGCGUGAUACUCAUUCUUUGCUGCUGCACUUUGAAACAACGAGAUGUUGACGCUUUUUGCCGAACCACUGUUACGAUAGGAAGAUUCAUAUAUCAGAGGGCAUGCACAGAGAACUGGCGCUUGAAAUCUCUUCACAAAUGGACAACAGCACCAUUAGCUAUAUAUUGCAUCCUUACGUACAGUGUGUUCAUUUGGCUUCUUCGAGACUCAUUAGCUUUGGUGCCAUUAAUGCGUGUUUUUUUCAUACAUUCCUUGGUGAAUUUCGUAGUGCUACAGUUUAUUAUUUUCAAUAUGGUGUUGAGAAGAUGGUUUGGACAUCUGAAUACAUUUUUGAUUCAGUGCUUUAGCAUGUUUACAGAGGACGAUCUCAAUGUCAGAGUUACAGAGGCACUACAGUCUUCUUCAGUAAAGGAAACUUCGCAGCAUUAUACUCAUGUGAUUACCAAGCAAGUCCACCAACAUGAAAUGUCAACACUUCCUGACGUUGAAAAACUUUCCAUUAGAUCACAGCAGAAUACGUCAAAUCAUGCCCAAAUGCUACUGACGCGAAAUAGUUGCACGUUUCUGAGAAAGCUGCGUACAGUGUACUGCCUCCUCCAUCAAGCUGUAAUAAUGAUAAAUCGUGCUUAUGGUGUUCAAAACCUGUUUAUAAUAACGACCUGUCUUGUAUGCAUUGUCGUGAACAUGCACGCAGUUACUGUCACCUUGCUGAGAUUAAACAAUGCUCUGCAUGGAGAUUUGAGAAUAUACACCGUAGUUAGAAUAUCAUUAUGGACCGGCAUGAUGGUUUGGCGGAUCGUCGGCAUAUGCUUCAGCAGCGAGGUGGUUACACGGGAGGCCAGCCGCACGCAGCACUUGGUCACCAAACUUCAGAUGCUGCCGUUUCCUGCUGGCAGUGGUGUUCAGGAAGAGCUGCAGUUGUUUGCGGAACAGCUGACACACAGUCCAAUCCACUACAGCGCAACUGGGUUCUUCACGCUGGACGUGCCAUUGCUGAGAAGCAUCGCGGCGGCUGUGACGACCUAUCUUGUCAUUCUCAUUCAAUUCUCUCUUUCUGAUACAAAUAAGUAG